AUGCCGUUUCCUCGCAGGUCGGCCAGGAGCAUAUCAAGCCAACGACUUCGCAGUCACCGGACUUCAUUAUCUACAAGCCAUGGCACUCACACACCUACUGAGGCUUCUUGUAGGAUUUCGCCUAGCAGGGUCGAAGAUGGAAUCGAACUGGUUCCGAUCGAACGGCAGAAUAGUGCUUCCGCCAAACAAAUCGCGCCGGGUCAAGAAGAGAAAGAGGUAGUCCCUCUAUCAAGACUGGAUCUCGAAAUUUCUAGAAAGCCCCUCCCCAGUCUCCCUCAAUCUAGAUGGAAUCGAAUGUCCGUCAAACAUCGAAUCCUCACAAUUCUGUGCAUACAAUUUUGCAUGGUUUUGACGAUAGGACUCAGUCUCAGAGCUCCUAGAAGCAAAUCAGCUAGCUCCCCAGCGAAACAGACGGUUAGCCCGGUGGCCCCGACACCUACACCUAUCCAGCUUGACACUCCCAUCAAGCAUGGCGCAUUUUUAAUACCAUUUGGAAAUGUACAACAACAGAGCUCCGCUUGCGUUGCACAGAGCAAUGAGUCCUCAGCAUGGACAUGCAAACCACGUCGAGCAGUCCGGUUAAGCCUACUUCCCUCGGAAUCGAUGAACGUUACCCUUGUCUAUAUCGAGUCUUUAAACUCAUCCGCAAGCCUAGGAUACGGAAUUCAGGAUCCAAAUUUCCCAGUUAUGCCGCUGAGCACGGUGAUAGACCCCCAAUAUCCGAAUCACGGGGGAGCAUAUUAUUUCAAAUCAAGAUACGACCGAGUUACGCUCCUCAAAGAAGAGCAAAUAGGAGCUAUACAUAAUAACUCUUUUAGUCUCUCGCAAGACGAAGUCACCGAUAUACAACCAGGUAGCACACUUUGGCAGUGCUUUUUUAACAGCACGUCUGUCGAGGGAUACUUAUACGUCCUCCAGAAUGCGACAAGUACAAAUCAGACUUUGCCGUGCGAGAACCCACAUAAUUCUACCAAUACCGUCAUGGUGUCGUUCUUACCGUACGUCAUGAAGAUUACCGAGGAGCAAUUGCCAGGCAAGACACAAGCAGCAUAUUGUAACAAGGUACGAUAUUUAGGCAACAGGUCGUUAGUCACUCAAUUCGACGGACAGGGACGUCCCAUCUCAAUGAAUCUUACUAUGCUUGGCUCACAACUGCAAGGAGUUGAAGGAAGCCAAAAGAGACAAACAAGUUUGCAAGAUUUUUGUCAAUGCCAGUGGCUCUAUCAGUGA